AUGUUUAUCCUCCGUUUCCGACUGAUGGCCCUCAGGAGCUUCAUGCGCAUAUCCGGAAUUCCAAACGACGGUUUUCAGGGAGCCAGCCUUCAGGAUCAUAACGUAAAGGCAGUCAUCAACAGUCUCAGAGAAGAUAUCAAUCGUAGCAUGUCGAGGCUACAGCGUCUAAGGCACGAAGCCGACAGAAUCAUUUUGCUCGAAGAGCUCGCUAUUAAGAGAGCUAUCAUGAUUAAGGAGCAACUUACGCAAGUCAUUCAGGCUGAAAAAGCAUGUGAGGAGAAACAGAAGCAGUUUACAUUCGCGCAAAAAGACGUAAACAGGCACUCGGAAUACUUAAGAAAGGAGGAGUCAUCUCUGCAAUCGCUACGCUCAACGCACGACGCGCUGACCACUACACAUAAAGAGCUCGAAGCUGAGCGUGAGCUCUUCCAAUUUUGGUCCUCUGCUAUGACAAAACGCACACCUCGCGCCUCUUCAUCUUCUACUAGAUCCAAGGCGAAAACGUCGGCCAACUUCCGCGAUCAUAUCCUAGGAAAGACGAUUUCAGAGCUCAAUACGCUGCUCGUGCAGGUCCUCACAAUGCUGUAUGAUGACACACGCCACGCGCGCGACAUGGCGACGGGAAUGCUGCGUUCGCUGUUUGACCCUGAUUCUGUGAACAGCACUAUGAAUUCAUCCUUUUCCUCGUCAGGACCUGUCCUUGAUCGCACUCUUGCUGUCAACGCCUCGCUCGCCUACGGCAAGCGUUCCGGUGGUGAGCGUAAACGCGUCGAUCUUGCGCUCUACUUCGCUCUACUGCAGCUGUCAUGGGCUAGAAGCGCCCACCGCGCUCACUAUCUACUCGUCGACGAGGUGUUUGACAGUCUAGAUGAGGCGGGUCAAGCGGCUGUAGUCCGGUGGUGCGGGCUCAUGUCACAGACGGUGGGCUGGGUUCUGGUGAUCACGCACAGCAGAUUCUUGGUCGAGCGAGACUUGGGGGAAGAUGGAAACAUGGUCAUGAGGGCAAGGAUGGGACAGAAGGGGACAGAGCUUACUGUCGAUGGACGAAGGAUUGGAGUUGAAGAUAAGAGCUGA